CUGCUGUUCUUUCACAUUCACACCUCCACACAUCUUGCAAGAAACAGUCACCUGGUUCAUGUGAAUAUUUGCAGUGUUUGAUGGUGGACCCCUCUACCCCCCAACAACAUGGACUGUCCUCCCCUGCAGCUCGGCAUUAUGGGUCUGAAACCAAGAGUUGUUGCUUCUUUCUGGACCAGAGAAAAGCUCUGAAACUGGGUCUGACUCUGAACUGAAGCUGUUUCUUAUCAAUUCCUGAAAUUCAGUGACUGUUUGAAUUCUCAGAGGCACUAAAAUGCCAUUCAUGCCAGUGAAGUUUAACCUGCAAAAGCGGGUGAAGCUGGCUCAGGGUCUGUGGAUGCUGUACUGGUUUUCAGUCAUUGCAGGGAUCCUCAUCUUCAGCCUUGGCAUCUUCUUCAAGAUUGAGCUGCGCAAGAGGAGCGAGAUGAUGGAUGACAAUGAGAGCCACCUGGUACCCAACCUGCUGAUCUUGGCGGGGAUGCUGGCCUGUGGCUUCAAUGCCUUCGGAGGGAAGGUGUGCCAUGACUCACUGGACCCCAUGAAGUUCUCCAAGUGGAAGCCAAUGCUGAAGACAUACCUGCAGCUGUGCUGUGGCUUCAACAUACUGCUGGUACUUGUGUCACUGCUAUGCUUCCUCAUGCAGUUCUCCGUGUAUUUAACGCUGGCUGAGGGUCUGAGUUAUGCCAUCCGGUUCUACAAGGACACAGAUACACCUGGACGCUGUUUCAUGAAGAGGACGCUGGACAUGACACAGAUCGAGUUCCGCUGCUGUGGGAACAACAACUUCAGGGAUUGGUUCGAGGUUCAGUGGAUCAGCAACCGCUACCUGGAUAUGAGCAAUGAUGUGGUCAAAGAUCGGGUCCUCAGCAAUGUGGAGGGGAAGUACCUGAUGGACAGCGUCCCAUUCAGCUGCUGUAAUCCUGGGUCCCCUCGGCCUUGCAUCCAGCACCACCUGACCAAUAACUCUGCCCAUUAUGACUAUGACCACCGCACUGAGGAGCUCAACAUCUGGACCCGGGGCUGCCGUGAGGCCCUCUUCUCCUAUUACAGCAGCCUGAUGAGCAGUAUUGGCGUGUUAGUCCUCUUUACAAUUGUCCUGGAGUCUGUGGACAUGGCAGGUCUAAAGUACCUGAGCACGGCGCUGGAGACAAUGUCAGAGCCAGACAACCCAGAGUGUGAGAGUGAGGGCUGGCUGCUUGAGAAGGGCGUGAAGGAGACAUUCAGUGAUCUGCUCACCAAACUGAAGACACUCGGGAGGACCAACCAGGUGGAAGGCGGAGAUGCUCCGGAGGCCAACACCUGAUAGGCCCGUCCACCACAGAGCACUAAGGUGUCCCCCCUCUCCUCACCCUCCUCGACCGCCAUCUCUCCCCCCAAUAGGAGGGAGAAAAAAAAGGAGAGGUUUCCUCCAAGUUUUGUAUAUAAGCUAAUAUAAUACACACACACACACACACAC